GGCCGUUGCCGGGUAGAGUGGGGAAGGGGCCUGGUCUGGCCCGGCUUGCCCUGUCCUGGCUCAACCUGGACAGGCCCAGGCCAGGAGCUCAAAGCCUUUCCUGCCACCUCUGCGGGCGUCCACGGGAGUGAUCAGCCCUGUUUUGUAGACGUCGCCCUGGAGCUCCGUAGCGUGGAAGGGACCCCGACGGUGAUGUCCGAGAAGGCAGUCGGCUCGCUGAAAUAGAGCCCGUCGCCACCGUACCGAGCCUCUCCGAGGGGAGGGGCAACAGCUGCCCCAUGGUAAACGGAGAAGCAGGGAGGACAGCACGGGGCGCGGUCAAGAGAGAAGCAAAUUGCUGGGAGACAGCUGCGGCAGACUGACUGGCCAGACCCGUAAAGGAAAGGCUCGCCUUCCGUGGAUCGAGGCCUCGGAGUUGGAUGGAAAACAGCAACCGGUGCUGUAAGUGAGAUUAUUUCCAUGGAGAUGCUCCUACGGAAAGUUAAACCGGAUGAUGCAGAGGUCGCUGCAGUCAAGUGAACCCCAGCCGGCCGGAGUCGUGUUCCCUAAGGAAUUGCAGUUGAGGAAGAAAUGGAUUGGGACCAGUUGGAACUGAAUCCCAAAGUGAUUGCCGCUGUUAAGAAAGCUCAGAUAAAUUCAGCGAGGGAAGUUUUGAAUCUUUCUGUCCCAGACUUGCAGAGACUGACAAAGCUCUCCAGCCUCGAUGUCCAGCGUUUAUUAAAAACUGUCGCUUUAGCGCUAAGGAGGAACACCGUGGUCACAGCGCUUCACAUGUAUCAGCAGAGAGAGAAAUUCCCGGCCCAGCACCGGAAACUCAGCUUGGGCUGCUCGGUCCUGGACGGGCUGUUGGGCGGCGGCCUUCCCCUGGCGGGGAUAACGGAGCUGGCGGGGCGGAGCUCGGCUGGCAAGACGCAGAUCGGCAUGCAGCUCUGCCUUUCCGUGCAGUACCCUCCCCUCUACGGGGGGCUGGGGGCAGGAGCCGUCUAUAUCUGUACCGAAGACGUGUUCCCAAACAAGAGGCUGCAGCAGCUGAUAGCCCAGCAGCAGAAGCUGAGGACGGACAUCCCCGGCGAGGUCAUAGAGCGGAUGAAAUUCGGCAAUAACAUCUUCAUCGAGCACGCCGCGGACCUGGAGACCUUGCAGGACUGCGUGGGGAAGCGGGUGCCCAUCCUGCUGGCACGGGGCAUGGCCCGCCUGGUGGUCGUCGACUCCGUCGCAGCUCUCUUCCGCUGCGAGUUUGGGGCCCGCGACUCCGUCGGCAGGGCCAGGUGUCUUCAGUCGCUCGGGGCCAAGCUGCACCAGCUCAGCGCCCAGUUCGACAGCCCCGUCCUGUGCAUCAACCAGGUCACCGACAUCUUGGAUGAAAGAGAGACAGCUCACAGUAAUUUCGGCUUGGAGGAAGAGGCUGUCACCCCAGCUCUGGGUCUAACCUGGUCCAACCAACUUCUGAUGCGGAUGAUGGUCCACCGCCUCCCUGCUGGGGGCGAGCCGACCGAAACCGCGGGCACGUCGGCCCCGGGCCCCGUCGUGCGGGCGCUCCGGGUCGUCUUCGCUCCUCACCUGCCCCCGGCCUUUUGCUACUUCACGGUGAAUGCCGAGGGCGUGAAAGGAUUAAAGGAAGUCCCCUCCGGGACAGAGGUGGCCUCUGGGCCUCCCGUCCUCCAGAAAGCCCCGUACCAGGAAGCGCGGCUCCUCCAGGAUGGACCGGCACAGGUCAGAGGGGCCCGUCCGGCCACCCCUCCCUCAGCAGCCCCGGAACCACAGCCGCCGUCAGGCUGACGCUGGCCUGGGACGUCAGAGUCGGGGCCUGCUCAGCUCUGAGGCAAAUCCUCCACCCUGCCGAGGAGGGUGGUCCCUGGUGCCGCUGGCCAGGGACGGGGUUGGGGAGAUGGGCCAGGACGGGACUCCUGACUCCGACUCGGAAGCCCGGGCAGGAGUUGUGGAAGGCUGGGGGACUGAACUUCAGACGGGCAUGGUGACCGCAGAAGGCAGACCCCGAGCCGUUUUUAGUAAACCCAAUUGCCAGAGUGGGCGUUCCCAAUUGUUGUGAUCUGGCUGUCGUCACGUGGGAGACGGAGUUGGGCCGGUCACUUUUCAGGAGAAAACGGCGGUCCCCCCCACUCCCGGCCUCGGUCCGAGGCAGGCUGGAUGGCCGUGGUACGUGGUGCAGACAAAACCCGCGGAAGUAGAACUGGGGAUUAAUACUGUCAUUUUCUGGGCUCACCCAUCGUGCGAGGCCAGUCAGGAGCCACUCCUAGGAUCUCACUCCUGCCCUGCCUCCACCAGCCCAACCCAGUAGGGCUGCCCCCCCCCCCCCCUUUCUGGUAGGCACCCCGUGGGAUGGGUUGGGUUUGUGCCAUCACCUUUGUCAAGAGUAGCUAGAAACCAAGCUUGGAUCAGAAAAGAUGUUUUCUUCUUAGCUCCCCUUCCCCCUCCAUUUUUAAAAGUGGGACCAAGGUGCAGGUCUCCGGGCUGGGUACGCCACAGGAACACCACAAGCCUUCUACGCCCCCAUCGUGUCUCACUGAUGGCGAGGUCAGUAACGCCUGCUGGGAAGGGCAUAGUGCCCAGGCCCCCGUGGCACAAACCUAACGUCAGAUGCUUGGCACAGACCUCAGUGAAACGUGACUGGCGACCAGUCAACGAGGGGAGGUUUUGCUGCUCAGACUUCUCCCUAAAAUGUUGCAGCUGGAUGAAGGUAAGGAGGCAGCCUCUUCCCUUUAGUUAGGCCAGGGUUCUGCCUGGCUGAGGGGAGGUCUGCACCAGGCUGCAGAGGCAAGCGCCGGCUUUGGGGGCAGUGUGCCUCGAUUAGCCCCUAGACUGGAAAUGGAAGUUUCCAAUAGCACAUUCCUUAAAAAAAAACCCAAUACCCUAACCCCCCAGCCCUCUAACACCCUGGGAGGGACAGGUGCAGACAAAGCAGCAGCUGUUGAGGAACUACCGUACGCAGCAGGUUCGCAGAAGGGCCCACGGCCGCUGAUGGCUUCCGUCUCUGAGCUGCCCCUGCACUCCUUUCCACUCCCCAAAUGCUCCAGCAGAUCCUUCCUGACGUGGUCCCGCUCACGGAGUGAAGCCCGCCAGAUGGUUCCACUCGAGGACUUGCUGCCGGGCCUCUUUCUCUACCCAAACCCCGGGAGCGGCAGGAAGGCGCCAUUCCCAGUUGGAUGCGAGGGGUCCCGGCGGCCGUGACUCCCCUUUUACUGAAGGCCUUAGUUCUCUCAGCCGGGCUUCUGGUUUCAUCAGUGAGCUGAGGCUAAAUCCUCGCUUUCCCCUCUGAGCUUCCUCCCAGAACACCGUUUCACCCACCAAUAAGUCACCAUGGGGCAGGUGGAAAAAGGAAACUAGACUGCCGACAGCAGAAGUGAAUUGGCUUUUGCUUUGCAAAAGGUACCCUUUUAGACUGCUCCAGAGACCCAUCCUGUGCCCCAACCCCGCUAGCGGAGCAAAUGUCAACGGGAGCUCAGAAUGGAUCGCAAAUUCGUUGGCAGUCAGAUCGGAGUAGGCGGACAUGGGCUCGAGAUUUAACUCUUGGCCAACGACCCUGAGAGCGAUUAGGAUCUGGAGUAAAUCAAAGCCAAGGCAGAAGCCUUUUUAUUAAUGAAAAGUGUCCACAGACCUGGUCCUUUUCCUGUUCAGGAACGGACAGUCGCUCAUCAGAAGUCAAGGACCAAGAGGGCUGGUGAAUGGGCUACCAGAUUGAAAAUUUGUGCGACACAGUGAAAAGUGAAAUGUGUCCGCUCAGCUUACAACUCAAGAUUUAGGAAGAAGAGUGACUGAGGGAAUGACAAAUCUGUGUGGCCGGAGGCAGAAAAAAAAACACAUCACUUUCUGCCUAGCAGACCAGCAGCUUUCCAUCGUUUGAGAAGUUUAACAGUCGAUUCCCAUCACCAGCUGCAAAAGGCCUGACACCCACUUAGGAUGGUGGGGAGAUCCUGAAAUUCUUUAGGCUCCCUUAUUUUUCAAACCAUUAAUCCCCUCUAGACUGUAAGCUCAUUCUUCUGCUAAUUCUGUUGAACUGUACUCUCCCAAGGGCUUUGUUCAGUGCUCUGGACAUAGGAAGCACACAAAUACAAUCUAUAUGCAACAUCACUCUGCAUCAAUCUAGAUAAUGUAGCGUCCACUCCUUCUGAGUGGCUGGCAGGCCAAAUCCUCAACUGGUGCACCACCCUGAUCAACCCAGGCACGCUGAAAAGGACCCUGCAUCACAUGGUAAUGUCAGGAAAGUAUUUACUAAAAAAAAAUGCCUACUUCCCUAAGGACCUUUGAACAGGUACUUAUUUUUCUUGGUGUUACAGAAAGCUGGCCUGGACUGUAAGGGAAAAGAGUCUGAGACAGAGACACACACAAACAGUGAGAGACAGAGUGUGUAUAUGUAUGUAUAUAUAACGUGAGACUUCAAAAGAACAGCAAUCUACUGGAAAACAUCUACAAUGGACAGGCAAACAUACAAAACUCUAGAAAACCAAAUCUGUUUAUUUUUUGCAAUGCAGCAAGAACUGCAAAUUGGUUACUUAGGCAAAUGGGUUCAAAAGCUCACAGAUAAACCACCUCUCCAACAAAUUAAGCAGGUAGUAGACAUCUAAGGCAGGCGUCUGGAAACGGAACACACACUGCACGGCACAAAACCAUUAAUGCUCAGCUUUGACACUGCUGACUGGGGAAAGUGCAGAUAGAAUAAGCUGCUUCCGUUUUUAAGAAGAGACCAGUUUACCCUCUGGCUAUUCACUGUGGGAUUUGCUACCUGUCUUACGAGAGAUGAACAAAAUAAAAAAUUUUAUACCAACA